AUGCGGCACACGCACACAGGAGCGGCGCCCUGAUCUGGCCAUAACAUGAUCGACGCUAUGCGCCGGCGGGCGGAAACCCACCAUGUGCAGUCCGAGGAGCCAUUCGCCCGCGCUGAAACGUUCCUAGGUUUUGGAGGGAACGGGAAUUGGGGGGGAGGUGCUGCUUCUGUGCUGGAGCCACAGCAGUUCCGGCAGCAGCAGCAGCAGCAGCAGCAGCAGCCGCCACCUCUGCAGCAGCGCGGGUUUUUGAACUGUUUCUUCUGGUGCGGUGGGCCAUCUGGCAAUAUCGCGGAGGAUGAGGAUGGACAGGAGGACGAGGAGGACCCUUCCCUGGGCUUGCCGGAUUACCUGUUCGGAAGACGGCUGGGCCACGGCCGCCUGGGGCAAGUUCGGCACGCUAUUCGACGCUCGGACGGGGAGAGCGUGGCGGUCAAGUGCGUCAAGCGGAACCGACACUCCGGCCAGGAGGAGGAGCGUGUGUUGGAGGAGGCAGCCGUGCUCAGCGGCCUGUCCCAGUCGAGCAUCGUGCGUCUCGUGAGCUUGGAGUCCCUGCCGAGUUGUCACUACGUGGUUUUGGAGCUCCUCGAUGGGGGCGACAUCCUCGACGCGGUGGCGGCGCUCCAUUCCUACACCGAGCACGAUGCGCGGCAGAUCGCUAUCGCCCUGCUGCAGGCCCUGAAGCACGUGCACGACGAGGUCGGCUGCGUUCACCGAGACUUGAGGCCCGAGAAGCUCCUCAUGGCUAGGGACCCGUCGGGGGGGCCGCAGCCGAGGAUCGGCAAGAGGGUCAAGGUGGCUGGGUGGGGGAGAUCUAAGAGGCUUCCGCUCAGCGGGGAAGUCCCUGGAGAACACUGCUUCGGCAACCGAGCGUUCUCGGCGCCCGAGAUGAUCCUCGAGGAGCCGCACGGCAAGCCCGCAGACAUGUUCGCCGUCGGGGCGCUCCUGUACACCCUCCUCUCCGGCUCGCCGCCCCGCGUGGCCACCCUCUCGUCCGCCGUCAACCCUAAGGCGCCGGACACCGCCACCGGCCCCGCCUGGGCGGGCGUUUCGGCGGAGGCCAAGGGCCUGGUGGGGGCGCUCAUGACGCCGAGGGGGCCGGCGGCUAGGUUUUCCGCGGAGAAGGCAUUGGGGCACGAGUGGAUCAGGGCGGGGAAGGGGGAGCUGAAGGCGAGGUCGCUGGACGCCGUGCUGAAGGGCGCCAGGGUGUUGGGCUGGACCCGGUGGCAGAACGAGGAGAGGACCAGGCUGGACGGCAGCGCGCGAGGCAGCGGGAUCCCGAGAGCUUCGAGCAUGUUUUGAUCACAUUUGAUUCUUUGUUGUGCUUUUCUCAUGGUUUCAUCAUGAUUUUUUUUUUUUCUCUCCGGUGAAAGGUGUCAUGUACAUCUUUUCUCUCUUUCUCUGGUGUGGUGUUUUUGUUGCUUGUCGUUUUCUUACGGGGGGGGUUGAGAGUGGUUUUGUCGAUCUUUUGUUGCUGUGAAUGAAAAAGUACGCCCUCUUCGUUUUCUCCUUGGACGGUGCGUGUUUUGAUUAUUUGCUCGAGCCAGCGUGUUUGCGAACGGGUCAAGGGAUGAGAGUCGUUGACGAUUUUUUUACGCUAGGCUUGCAGCUUGGUGGAGGAUUCUGCUUUUGUUGCGCUCUCGAGAGAAGUAGGGCUGCUACUCAUAUAAUAAUUCAUGCUUUAUUAUAAAAACCCCGGAAUACUUUCACCACCACCAGUGCUGAAAAUUCUCGGAGGUUGCGAAUUGAGUGUUCUGGCAUUCCAAGUGAAACAACGAGUCGCGUCUUCACAUGACCUUGCGGAGUGCUACCCAUCUUCGUAUGCUAGCCGCGCUUGUUCGUCUCGAGACUGCUGUUUUCUAGUGCCAGAAUCUUUUACGACGACGAAUCUGUGCGGUGUGCAAGGUUUGUGGCGGAUUUAGUCGACGAAGUGUGGGUGCGCACCGCUCUACGUUCUGACGAGGAAAGACUUUUUCGGCGGUAUGCUAGAACACCCAUUUUAAUACGCCAAUUAGCCAAGGCAAAUGCGCGUGAGAGAGAGAGAGAGCGGGAAGUGACAUUUGGCGGGUAGAGCACGUUGAGAGUUUUCUAAUAAAGUGGGUCGAAGGGCAUUUGUACGAUAGUUUUAAUUGCGAGGCGGAGAAGGCUCGGCGAAUCUACUUGGCUUUCUUUUUCAACAGAGACCCUGAACCAAAUGGGCGUGGGGGGGGGAGAGGGGGCUUAGCCUGUUCGUCCGCGCUGUCCUUUUUUCUCUUUCCUUGGACAUGUGACUUGGGAGCGUCAUCCAUAUGAACGGAAUGUCUUUUUUUAUUCGUGUGGACGAGAAGGCUACCGCAUUUGUUGCUUGCGUCGGUGACGUUGCUCAAUUCACAACUCACUCACCUGGCGUUUUUUAUUUUUUUUCAGUCUUCGCUUGCUUCUUUGCAAUUUGCGAUGUUUUUGUGUCAGGGGCAGUAGUAGGGGCACGUAGUGGUGGCGUGUGUGUGGGGGGUCGUAAUGACUGCAAAGAAUAUCACGGUCACGGAAGGUUGUCGAUGUUUGUCCCCGCUACGAUAACAGUAAUUUUCUUGUGCGGGCGACGAGGUCGAUGCGGGGAAACGGACUAGCCCGUGUGUUUGUUUCCUUCCAAUAUUUAUGUGCCAUAAAUGCGGUCUGCCACUCUCGUGCAGACAAUUCCUUGUUCUAUGUGUGGGGCGAGAGAAAGUGCGCUUGUUUUCCUUGAGGAAUGCUGCUGCUUUUGGGUUGGUCACCCCAUUCUUGCUGGUGGCCUUUUGGGCGUCAACGAGACUCUGUAUGUUGCUUUCUUGCCUCUUUUUCCCCGUGGGUGCGACUGAAUCAUUCAAGUUACUUGUGCGGCAGCAAAUGCCCUCCUUCCUAAUCAACAUGUGUAUUCAAGACCAUCACCGGUGCAAAGCUCUGCUGUGACGUGUGUACAGAGGCUCGGUGUGGUUUGUGUGUUUGUGCGGAAAGCGUGGAAUUGAGAUACGGUCAAAUAUAUGUUGCCAAUAGGGCGGCCGGGGACUAGUCGGGCUUGUUUUGUACUUCGAAGUAGAAAGCAUUGUGAUUCGUCAUUAUUACUUCCAAGGGACUGGAGUAAAUGUCAAGAGGGGAUAAAUUAAGAAAAUGCGGAGGGCGUUGCGUCCACAAUCGCGCGAGACAGCCUCACGGCACCGCUUAGAGAAGAGUGCAGCGGGUAGGGCGGGACGCACAGAAGACGACGUCAUGUCGAGAAAAACGGGAUCCGGCCGCGGCUCUGUUGCCGCUACUGUGGUCUGUGGCUAGAACCCGUGCACCUAUUCAGUCAGGCGGGUGCGAAGGGAGGUACUUUCAUCAAGGCGGGCACCCUGUGAGUGUGAUCGUUGUUAUCAAGAGUGGCUCGCGAGAGAGA